AAGACCCAAAAUCUCCAGCCAGCCUCCCCUCCGCCCCAACACAACCCGCCCUGCCAGCCUCAGCCAGCCAACAACCUUUUGCACUGAGUUGUUCCAACACCUCCCUCCCCAGUGUCUAAUCUUGCCAUCGCGAGCCGCGGCCUCGCCAUUUCUUUGCUGCACCUUCGCCUGGGUAGCUUCCUUUUCCUCGACGCCCUUUGCGCCGCGCCGCCAGCCAAAAGAAUUAGCUGCAGAGCAGCGUCGCCUCGCCGUUCCCAAGAGACCAGCGCCCGUCCCCCUUUCCGUAGAUUACAAGCCGCCGCGAAUUUCACGCAGCAUCAACACGAAUCUCGUCCCUCGCUAGCAGCAUAAUCCAUAACAACAAUCUUUGUAUGGUAGCCGCACAAGCAGCAACAACACUCCGACAGAUACGAAACCGUCAGAAAGCUUAGUCUGCUGCUGCAUGCUCAGAAAUGGCUGCCCGUACCACGCGGCGGCUCGCGCUUGCGCUUCUAGCGCUAGUCCUCUCAGCAGCUAUCUCUCUCGCGGUCGCGCAGAAUGAUCCCGCCGCUCCGCAAGAUUCCUCCUCCUCUUCUGCCGCCGGUCAACCUAUAACCUCAGAAGCGGGGCCAUCGACCGCCACAACUGCGCCGUCCGAGGGGAACAAGGUCUACAUUGUGCGCAUGCGCGGAGUCCCCCCCCUCGCGGGGUACACGGGCGGAAUCUCGGGGUACGAGGCCACGGCUCCGCGCACUCGCGCGGCGCAAUGGGCCGCGGCGGCGGGGCAGCGCCUGCGCCAGCGGCUUCCGCGGAUCAAUCUCCGCAAGGGCCCUGCGAAGGCGUUCGCCAAGAUGCUCGGGCGGAUGCAGGAAAAAGUCGCCAAGGACAUUAAUCUCCCUAUGAAGAACGUACUCUACAGUUAUAAGUUCGUGAGCAACGGAUUCGCGGCGAAACUCUCCCCCGAUAAAGUGGAGCAACUUAAGAGGCAUCCGGACGUUGCUGACGUGUUCCCGUCGUACACGAUGCACAAGCUGACGACCGACUCGUCGGAGUUCUUGAAGCUGCCGGACAGCCUGUGGGCCGUGAACGGCGGGCAGAGCAAGGCAGGCGAGGACGUGGUGGUGGGGAUCGUGGACACCGGCAUCUGGCCCGAACACCCGUCGUUCAGCGAUAAUACCUCUAUCCCGUUCGGCCCUCCCCCCGCGUCGUGGCGCGGCACGUGCCAGACCACCGACGACUUCCCCGCGUGCAACAACAAGCUCAUCGGCGCGCGGCACCUCAGCCUGGGCUUCCGCGAGAUGACCGGCGACGUGGAGGACCUCACGUACGACUGGGGCUCCGCGCGCGACGCGGACGGCCACGGCUCGUGGUGUGCGGCCGCGGCGGCGGGCAACAGCGACGUGGACGUGUUCACGACGCGCGACCAGCUGGUGGGCAUGGCGUCGGGCAUGGCGCCGCGCGCGCGCAUCGCGGCGUACAAGGUGUUCUGGUCCAACUCCAACUCGGGCGGCAUGACGGCGGCGUGGGCGGACGUGGAGGCCGCCGUGAACUUCGCCGUGGCGGACGGCGUGGACGUGCUCAGCCUGUCGCUCGGCGGGCUGGACCCCGACGCCUCAUACUUUGACGACAUGCCAUACCUCUUCGCGAACCUGGCGAACGUGGCAGUGGUGUACGCAGCGGGCAACUCGGGCCCGCCCCAGACCGGCAGCUACAUGUACCGCACCCUCUCCAACUUCUCGCCCUUCUACCUCACCGUUGGCGCCAGCACCAUAGGCCGCCGGUACCUCACCACCAUCACCCUCGGCGACGGCACCGAGGUGCAGGGCUCCGGGUUCGGAGCCGGCGGCAGCGAGCCCGACACAGCCGGCAUCAUCGAAGGCAUAGCGGCUCGGCGGUCCGGCAUCACCAUUGGGAAAUCCGACCAGUGCCUGCCGUACUCUCUCGACCAGGCCAAGGUCGUGAACAAAUACGUGCUGUGCUCGUACGGCGGCGUGCCGACUACUGACAAGGUGGCGGAUCUUAUGAUUAAGGGCGCGAGAGGCAUUCUCCUGUUGAACAUCCCCCACGCGCUGGAGCCCUUCACGCCGUACGACGAGCGCCUCCCAGUCAUUUACCUCCCGUUUCUCGCUGCGGAUUCGCUCCGCACGUACGCGCGCUCCACGUCAUCCCCCACCGUCACCCUCUCCGUGGACUUCGAGAAGAACAUGGACCUGGCUGCGCCAGCCAUGGCGUAUUUCUCGUCUACUGGACCUGUGGCGAAUCCCUAUGCCGCUAUCUCCGCCUCCCGCCCGUGCAACGACAUUCUCAAGCCGGAUAUCACUGCUCCGGGCGUCUCGCUUUGGUCCGCGUGGCGCGGCUCGACCCCGGGAACGGAUUACGGGUUUGCCAUGAUUUCCGGGACGUCCAUGGCGACUCCGCACAUGGCGGGGAUUGUGGCGCUGAUUGUGCAGCAGCACCCCAACUGGACCCCCGCGCAGAUAUUUUCUGCAAUCAUGACUUCCGCAACUACGACUGAUACCAAGGACCAGAAGAUCCAGCUCAGCAGCGGCGCGACCGCGACCCCCUGGGAUAUGGGCGCGGGGCACGUGAACGUCGGGGGGGUGCUGGACCCUGGGUUGACUUACAACGCUGGUGCGACGGAUUAUUAUAAUUUCUUAGCCGGGCAGGGGCUGACCAAGGCGCGCGCGCUGCUCUCCACUCGAAACCGGCUUGUGUCAGUGAAGCCGUACAUGCUCAAUCGGCCCACCAUCGCUGUUUCUCGCCUGAGCAAAUCGGUUUCCGUCACGAGGACCGUCACCAACGUGGGGUCUGCGGCGUCCAAUUACACGGUUACAGUGGUUCCUCCCCAGGGGGUAACUGUUACUGUUACGCCUGCCAAGCUGUCGCUGGCUGUGGGGGGCUCGGCGACGUUUACUGUGAAAUUCUCGGUGACGCAGGCGUCGUGGGAGUUCAAGUACGGGACUCUGAUGUGGAAGGACGCGUUUGGGCAUGUGGUGAAAUCCACGAUCGCCGUGCAGCCCAUCGUCAAGGACACGGUCUCGAGUGCGCGCAAGAAGAGCAUCCGAAGGAGCUAAUUGCACCACAACGAUUUUGACAAUACACCACAUGGCAACACGGGAGCGGCAGGGUGGAGGAAGUUCGGCGGUGUAUGAGGGAGAAGAACCAACAGCAUGCUGGGUAGAUUGAUUCGCUUGGAGGCCGCACCAGAAGCAGCAACGCACACCCCUGACCUACCCGCAUGCCACAUCUGCUGGAAGUUGAUUGGGACCUCUUGUUAAAGCAUCCGUGUGAUUGCAGUUUCUCCCUCCCAGGGAGCGGGAAGAAGGGAUGGGACUGGAUUUAGUUAAGUAGGCAUGGGUAGGAGGGACUGGUGGUUUUUGGAGUUUAUGUGGUGGGUGGUUGGGCGGUGCGAGGUUCUGUGCAACUGAUUGGCUUUGGAUUUUUUUAUUUGUUUUUCUCCCUGUAACAUAACAGUUCUCUAUUUUCACCGUUUCCAUGCUGGUACUAUCUCCUGCUAGUAGAAGUUGUAGCAAUAUGGAGGCAUU